AUGGGAACCGCGUGGGCCCAUGCCGCUUUGUACCCUUGGGAACAUGGUUACUAUGUUGGCGGUAUAGAGACCGUCAAAGUCGACCUUAUGCUCCGAGUCUUCUCGAACAAAUGGCAUGUCUACGCCGGUCUCGCGAUCCUGAACCCUUUCGCCUGCGUCCAGAUUGGGCAGUUCGCGCAGAGCGUGACAGACAUCUUCAAGCUCGUGCUCGCUGCGGAUAAGGAGGGCCCACGUACACGCAUGUACGACGCCAGACAGCGGGUCUUCGGCGAUAUCGAUGCGUACAAGCAAGCGACAUCUCCCUCGCAGUUCGACAGCCGCGAUGGAACGCCUUCAGGUUACUACAGUCCUGAGCGUACCCCAGUCAACUCGCAUCUAUCGCUGCUAGCCGUGGUUGACUCUUGGGCGCACCUGAACAUUCAGCCGACAGUCCACCUCGAACUCGCCGCUACACCCAUCUUCCGUAUGUGGUUUGGCGUCGCCGGGUACCUCUUUCUCUUCAAGGAGCGCCUGGGCAACUUGAUACACGCCGCUCUCCAUGAUACGUCGCAUCGGUACGAUGACGUUGAGUUCGUCGUGGCUUCGCGUGGAUGGAGUCAAUGCGUCCUAUCUGGGAGCUUCGAUCUCUACAGGAAGGGGUUUGAGGAAACGGCCGACUUCUUCAAACCUCGCUUCGAGGAAGCGAAUAAGGUCGGUCCGAAAUGUUGA